GCCGCGGGCGACGGCGCGACGCUUCGGCUCCUCGAGCGCGUCGUCGCGGAGACGGAGGUGAAGAAGUCCAAGUUCGUCGCCAUCGCGGCGCCGGUGGACUCGCCGUCGCGAGCGAUGGCGUUCGUGGAAUCCAACGGCGACCCGAAGGCGUCGCACAACUGCUUCGCGUACAAGAUCGGUCAGAGCACGCGGAGCAGCGACGACGGCGAGCCGGGAGGGACCGCGGGGUUGCCGAUGCUGAGCGCGAUCGAGGGCAGCGGCUUCGACAACGUCGCCGUGCUCGUGACGCGGUAUUACGGCGGGACCCAACUCGGCGCGGGAGGAUUGGUGCGAGCGUACGGAGGCGCGGCUGCGAAAGCGUUGGAAGGCGCGCCGUCGAAGGUGACGUACCCCGUCGUCGACGCGCUCAUCGACUCGCCGGCGUUCGAUGACUUGGGGGGAAUAUACAGCAGCAUG